AUAUACACACCAUCAUGAUAUGUUAGUUGUAAGAUAUGAGGGUAAUCAUAAAAGUUGCUGUAAUCCAUUUCUGAGUCACCAAAAGGUGUGUAGAGCAUCUCUACGUGUGAUUACAAUGCAUACUGUGUUAGAAGCAGAAACCAUAGGUUUAAAUCUUAUACCUAGAAAAAAACUGUGUCCAACCUGUCAAAAUAAAGUUAUGGCAUGUUUAUCAAAAAGUAUAAGUGAAAAUAAAAAUGAUGAAGAUUUUGAUAUUGUUAAUGAAAGAUCCAUUCAAAAUAAAAAAGAAAGUGUAGAUACACACUUUGCAUCUGCCGGAGUAUCUCCAAUUAAGGUCAAAGGAUUGCAUAAGUCAGGUAAAAUCAGAGAAGGUAAACGAAAAUUGACAGCAUUAACAACCUCCAUUAAAAAUAAGGUAGCCACUUCCCUUAUUAUAUCAAAAGAAAGUUUUGAAGAACAGUCAAGUUUUAAUAAUAAACUUGUUUGAUAACAUGAUGGUAUUGUUAACUAACAAAACUGCAGAGUCUACAUCAACAUCAAAAAAAGUAUAAUGCCUAGUAAAAAGGACUAUGUAAGCAUAAAGAAAAACGUCCACAUGCAAAAAUGUUUGCUCUUAUGUAAUUUAAAGGAAUUGUUUGUUGCCUUUAAAACCAAGAACCCAGAAAUAAAAAUAGGAUUUUCAAGGUUUUGCACCUUGCGACCUAAAUGGUGUAUUACUGUUGGUGCCUCAGGAACACAUUCUGUAUGCGUCUGUGCUAUUCAUCAGAAUUUGAAACUGCUUUUGCAUCCUCUUGGUGUGACAUUCAAAGAAUUGUUACCUUAAAUUGUCUGUGAUAUAACUAAUAAAGACUGUAUGUUGAGGAAAUGUGAAAAAUGCCCAGCAACUAGGAAUGCAUUGGUUGAAAAACUUUAUGAUAUACUUGGAGAAUUUGAUGAUGACAAUAAGAUUGAAUUUGAUCAAUGGACAACAGCAGAUAGGUCAAACUUGACACAUAAUAAAGAGCCAGUGUUUGAAUACAUUGAACUAGUAUGUAGAAAACUGGAAAAACUUGCACCACAUUCAUAUUUAGCAAAGAGUCAAGCAUUAUACCUGAGAUCAAGAAAGGAAGAUAUGAAUGAGGUAACAGCAUUAUUUCUGGGUGAUUUUUCAGAAAACUAUAAAUUUGUAGUUCAGGAUGAAUUGCAAAGCUUUCAUUGAACAAAUUUACAAUGUACACUUCAUCCAGUGGUUAUUUAUUUCAAAAAAGAAGGCAUUUUCAAGCACAAAUCCUAUUGUAUUAUUUCGGAUGAUAUGAUCCAUGAUGUGAACAUGGUUUAUAAAAUUAUUAAGGUUGUUUGCAAUGAUAUAAAAACAAAUUUGCCUCAAAUAAAAAAUAUUGAAUACUUUUCAGAUGGGUGUGCAGGUCAGUAUAAGAAUUGCAAAAAUAUGUUAAAUCUUUGUUUCCAUUGUGAAAAUUUUGGUUUUACUGCUAAA